CGGGGUUUCCUGAAAACGGUUGGGAAAACAAAUAUACCGUACCGGUGUUCAAGCAGCUCUCAAUGUCGUCGGUCAGUGAAGCUCAUCUGAGCUUAGAGAUAAGAAAUGCGGCUCUGAUCACAGUGCCACUGGAGUUUAUUUAAGUGUUACACUUGGCUUGUUUUCUCAGAGUGGAUGGUGUGUGUGUUUUUCCCGUGAAUAAAUAAAUAAAAACAACAGGAGAUUUGCAAGGAUGAAGAGACUCCCCGUCCUGGCCUUGCUGCUGUGGAUAUGUUGUGUGUUUUAUGUUGGUAUUUUCCUGUUUGUGGGCGGUUUCCUCUUGGUGCGCCUGGAGGUCAACAGGACGAGCACCUGCGAGGACGUCUUGCCUCCGUCCUACGACGCGACCUCGCCUGACUUCUGCCCCAGACAUCCUCGCGUACGCAGGGCCGUCAUCCUCGUCGUCGAUGCUCUGAAAGCCGAGUUUGCUCGCUACGACCCGGGAAACCUGUCCCCCAGACCGUUCGAGAACAAGCUGCCGGUUCUGGGUGAGACGGUGUCGUCUCGGGCGUCGCAAGCCAGGCUGUACACGUUCAGAGCCGAUCCUCCUACCACCACCAUGCAGAGGAUCAAGGGCUUCACCACCGGAUCCUUGCCCACGUUUAUAGACGUGGGGAACAACUUCGCCUCCAGCGCCGUGCUGGAGGACAACCUGAUCCACCAGCUCGGUCAGGCAGGGAAGCGAGUGGUCUUCAUGGGAGACGACACGUGGGUCAGUUUGUUCCCUAAAAAGUUCCACCGCUCGCUGCCUUUCCCCUCCUUCAACGUCAAGGAUCUGCACACCGUGGACAACGGAAUCCUCCAGAACAUCUUUCCCACCAUGGACGGAGAUGACUGGGACGUGCUGAUCGCUCACUUCCUGGGUGUGGAUCACUGCGGCCACCGCUUCGGCCCCGACCACCCUGCCAUGGCGGAGAAGCUCACUCAGAUGGACGGAGUUAUCAGGUCAGUGAUGAAGCGGCUGCAGAACGACACACUGUUGGUGGUGAUGGGAGAUCACGGGAUGACCGACACCGGGGAUCACGGAGGAGAAAGCCAGAAGGAAACCGAUGCUGCUCUGUUCCUCUACAGCGGCUCACCUCUGUUCCCAGCUCCUGAUGCACAGCAGGUGGAGCCAGAGGUGGUGCCUCAGACUGAUUUAGUGCCUACGCUGGCCUUGCUGCUGGGAGUUCCCAUCCCCUACAGCAGCGUGGGGCAGGUGAUGCUCCCACUUUUUCCCAGGAACAGCCAGGUGGAGGCGCUGUGGAUCAACGCCAAACAGGUGCAUCGGUUUUUGGAGACCUACUCCAGCAUGGCCAACGACAUUCCAGCGGACAGUUUGUCUCAACUGCGGGCUCGCUUCUCCCAGAUCUCGUCUCAGUACAUGAGCUCGAUACGUGAUGGAACUCCUCCUCCGCCUGAACUGCUGGCCUCCAUGCAGGAAUACCUAAGCUCCGUUAGAGAGACCUGUCGUGCCUCUUGGGCUCGCUUCAACCCUCUGAAAAUGGCAGCGGGCCUCCUGGUCCUGGGUUUUGGGUGCAUCUUGUGCUACGUUAUCUCAGAACUGUCUGUUGUGAUCCUCCAGGGCGCCAUGUUGAAGACUCCAGUGCUUGCUGGGCUGAUGGUCGGGGGAGCGGUAGCUGUGGGUCAAAUAUUCACUUUGGGAUACGUGGAAGUCUCGUGGUGUUUGGGAGCUGCUGUGUUGUUUUCCGAGGCAUUAUUUUUGUGGAGGGCUCGGAGGGUAUGUCCUCGUGGCCGACUGUCUCACUGGAGCCUUUUAACUCCGCCACUGCUCGUGCUCCUCCUCCGCUGUGCAUCCUUGCUCUCGGACAGCUACGUGAUCUCUGAGGGACGUGUAGUCACGUUCUUACUGUUCAGCCUAGGCGUAUACGUUCCACUUCAGCUCAACUGGGAUGGACUUCUUUUUCCUGCACCUUCUACCGAUACCCAGAAACCUCCUGGACUUCUUGCACCCUCGUUGCCGCCCUCGGUAGUCCGGCGCGAGACUGGCGCUUUGCUUGUUUGCACAGGCGUCUUGGUAGCAUGCCUUUACCUUUCUCUGUCGUUCCACAGCUGCCGUGAAGAACAGGGUGCUUGCCAGCCUUCAGUCUUCUUGACGCAACUCUCGCGGGUUCAGGAUAGUCGGCUGCGCAACUUGCACUACGUCCUGUCCCUGGCAUCACUUUCCGCCUGGGCGUUCUUGCUACAUCGUUGGUUACGGCAUUACGGAAACCUGAACUGCACAGGUGUGGGUGUGUUUACAGCACGCUGCCUGCUUCCUCUUGCCUCUAUCUGCAUGGGUCUGCACUGGGCGGUCAGCGCAACUCCAGACGACACCUUCAGGAACCUGGCAGAGCUAAUAAGCUUGGGGCAGGUGAUUCUGCCACGUAUUGCCUUCGGUCUCCUAGGCCUCGGAUCGCUGCUCCUGUGGCUGGACCCACUUACGGUGUUUUUAAAGACACGAGCACCUUUGAACUCUCGGGGUGCCGUCGUGCCUCCGCCAAGAUACCGUGCUAGCACUGGAAUCAGCCCUCAGGCUGAGCUGCACCAUCUUAUACCGCAGUUAUAUCAGCGCAUCCGCCAAUCGCUUGACAACGAAGGGGUCAAGGUGACCGAUCCCGAUGGACGGCCAGCAGUAGAGGCCUACGGACUGGGCACUGUCUACUCCGCACCCCUGGUCUUGCUAUGUGGUCUGAUGGGGCUUGGGAUGCUGCUUCUACACCCCGAAGGCAUGGCGCUGGCCUUCUUGUUGCUACUGCUGCAGGCUGCUGCUCUCCUCCAUCUCCACGCGUCCUCCAGCAAUCUCUCCAGCCAGCAGAGUCAUUCCAGUGUCUUCAGUGUUCCCUGGACUCCUGUGGUUCUGUGGUCUCUGGCGGCCUCGCAGUUCUUCCAUGCCACGGGUCACCUUCCCACCUUCCCGUCCAUCCAGUGGGGUGCUGCGUUCGUGGGGUUCCCUCAGGGACACACGGGCACCGCACUUCCCGCCUCGCUCGUCACACUCAACACCUUCUCCUCACACAUCCUGUUUGCCGUCGGCUGCCCGUUGCUGCUCUUCUGGCCGUUGGUGCAUGAGCUGCGUGGGUAUCGAACCAGCCGCUCGGGUGGAGGUGAGGACGGGGACGAGGUUGUCAUGGAGAUGAGGUUGCGAGAAAACCCGCAACAGUUCAGUUCAGCUUUACUACAGCUCGCAGCACGUUACCUGUUCAUUAACGGAGCACAGGUUUUGGCUUCGGUUUGUGCUGCCGCUAUACUCAGAAGACAUCUCAUGGUUUGGAAAGUGUUUGCACCCAAGCUGAUGUUCGAAGCCAGUGCAUUCAUCGUGGGCAGCGUGUUUGUGCUCGUCGGGGUCGCUCUGGUCAUGAGGGUCGACGCAGCCGUGGCUCACUUAUUUCAGAGACUCAUUCCGGAGAAUUCCAGGUAGCACCACCUUCUCUGUUCCUCCUACAGUUUCAUCCGUCCAUCGGUCCAUCACCGACGACACGAGACGCACACGAUUGCCAGCACGAUGGACGAAAACCGGUCUUAAAAUGGCUUCCGUCUUUCAGUACUCUGGAGAAAUGGACUUGUGCUGAUAUUUUAUUCAAAAACACACACACACACACUUAAUCUGAGCCAUCUGAGAUCUGUGACACUGCUGCAUUGGUAGUUGAGGAAAGACCUAGGAGUGUGAGAGAGUUGUUUCUUUUUACUGCUGUACACCGUAGGGCUUCUGUAUUAUAAACACACACACAUACAUACAUAUACACACAUUCUGAGAGCUGCUAUGAUGAAAGCACACUCCCUGAAGCAGGAUUUGUGCUAAAGCUAAGCUUGGAAUACCUUAAAUGAAAGGACUAGUUGGUCUGGAUUCACUUUGGUUAACAAGAGAGAAUGCUUUUCUAUCUGCUGAUAGCGGUGCACAGACCUCGUUUCAUCUCUGCCUAAAGAGAGCGAUGCGGCGGCGCUUUAAUCCUUUAAUCUGCCCAGCUCUCUCGCCUCUUCAUCAAACAGAUCAGCUUCGAAAGCUUCAGCUUUUAACGCUAAUGCUGCCGUCAACGUCAUCCCGCUCGUCGUCUUGUCGAUGGCGAACCAGCCAAGCCGAAUCUCCGUCGUUACCCGUCGUCGUUUAAGCCGCACUCGAUUCUGGGACUUUGAGUCCAGCAUCCGUACCAACGUCGUCACGACUUCUGUGCUGGAUUUCUCAUGAAUAUGACGUUAAACAUCCCUGGAAAACGGUAAGCGAGAGAAGAAGCUUGUUCAGUUGAGAUCGUUUCAAUUUUAUUUUUUUUUAAUCUCCAAUUUAAAAGCACUAAACUUUUGUGACCAUUUCAUGUUCCUCAGAGUUCCAGCAUACGGCGGCUGCUUUCUUUUCCUCCUUCACUUUUGGUUAGCGUUAAUGUUUCUGAGCCCUGUCCAACUAUUAUGAGUGUCAGGGUCAAUCCAAUACUUUUACAUAGUAUUAUUAUUCAUUAACAUCAUCAAAACCGCCACGUCUGCGUUCGGAACAGGUCAGAGGUCACUAGCUUUGCCGCCGCAGUGAGCGUUCAUGUCGUGAGAUUCAGUUUGUACCAAUGUUUAUUUUUUAUCGAUUUGUACUGACAUUUAUACAGUAUUUAUGUUGUUUGUUUAUAUAUAUAUAUAUAUAUAUAUAUAUAUAUAUAUA